UACACGUACCAGCAUCCAGUGGUCCAGCGGCUGUACACAAUGUCAUUUCUGUUCGACGUUCUUCCGGUAUUUCGCGAGCGAGACAAUCCGUGCGAAUAAUGAAAGACCAGAACAAAGUCUGACUCGUAUCACUGAUUGAUAAACGCGCAUUAGAGAUCGGACAUAUUUAGCAAGGCAGAUUAUGAUAAACAAGAAGAGCAGGAGAUAAAGGUGUCGUAUAUUUAGAGAAAGCGUGUAACGAGAAAAUCGAGGAAGGCGAAGCGCAAGAUGCUUUUGAUGAUUUCUGCUUAAUCACACUUUAGUAAAAAAUGAUAUUCCCUUUAAUCAUCCUGAUUCUUUCGGUGGGGAUUUGCUAUAGCAAUCCAGAUGCUAAAAGACUUUACGAUGAUCUACUCUCAAAUUACAAUCGGCUCAUUCGACCUGUAUCGAACAAUAACGACACCGUUGUUGUAAAACUAGGUCUUCGUCUCUCACAGUUGAUAGAUCUUAAUUUAAAAGAUCAAAUCUUAACAACAAACGUCUGGUUGGAACAUGAAUGGCAGGACCAUAAGUUCCAAUGGGAUCCUUUGGAAUACGGGGGUGUCACUGAACUCUACGUGCCUAGCGAACAUAUAUGGCUACCCGAUAUUGUGCUUUAUAACAACGCGGACGGAGAAUACGGUGUAACAACAAUGACUAAAGCUAUUUUGCAUUACACUGGCAAGGUUCUUUGGACACCUCCCGCAAUUUUCAAAUCUUCCUGUGAAAUAGAUGUUAGAUACUUUCCCUUCGAUCAACAAACCUGUUUCAUGAAAUUCGGCUCGUGGACAUAUGAUGGCUUUCAAAUCGAUUUGAAGCAUAUUAAUCAAGAUGUAGGCGACCAAGUUAAAGUAGGUAUUGAUUUGCGCGAAUAUUAUCCAAGCGUGGAAUGGGAUAUACUGGGUGUUCCCGCGGAACGUCAUAAGAAAUAUUAUCCUUGUUGUGUCGAACCAUAUCCCGAUAUCUUCUUCAACAUAACUUUACGUCGGAGGACAUUGUUUUACACGGUGAACCUCAUCGUGCCAUGCGUCAGUAUCUCUUAUCUAUCAGUGUUGGCUUUCUAUUUACCGGCCGAUUCCGGAGAAAAGAUCGCGCUCUGCAUUAAUAUCCUACUAUCCCAGACCAUGUUCUUUUUACUGAUAUCCGAGAUCAUACCAUCCACAUCGCUAGCACUGCCGUUGCUUGGCAAGUAUCUGCUCUUUACGAUGAUCCUGGUCGGUUUGUCGGUCGUGAUAACGAUCAUUAUCCUGAAUGUGCAUUAUCGUAAACCGAGCACUCACAAAAUGGCACCUUGGGUGAGAAAGAUCUUCAUCAGAAGAUUGCCGAAACUGCUUCUGAUGAGAGUACCCGAUGAUAUUCUCAGUGAUCUCGCCGCGCACAAGAUACACGGAAGAGGAAGAUCCGGAAAGAAGAGUAAGUUCAAUGCUGCUAUAGCAGCAGCGGCGCAAUCGUCAUCAAUAAUAUCUUCGCCAGAUUCUGCCCGCCAUCAACGAAUCGAUGGUUGCAAUGGCUUACACAGGACAACUGCCCAUAAUCGAUUUUUAGUCGGCAGUUUAGGAUAUAACGGGCUUCCAACGGUUAUGUCCGGUCUCGAUGAGUCAUUGAGUGAUGUAACGCCGAGAAAAAAAUAUCCUUUCGAAUUGGAAAAAGCUUUACAUAAUGUCAUGUUCAUUCAGCAUCAUAUACAACGUCAAGACGAAUUCAAUGCGGAAGAUCAAGAUUGGGGUUUUGUCGCAAUGGUUCUCGAUCGUCUCUUCCUAUGGAUCUUUACGAUAGCCUCCAUAGUUGGAACUUUUACAAUUCUAUGCGAAGCACCGGCUCUUUACGAUGACACAAAGCCGAUCGACACGAAAUAUUCCUCAGUUGCUCAACAACAAUUUCUCCCACCCGGCCAGGACCCCUUGUUAGACACUAUGGGGUAGAUGUUCAUAGAAUGAUGUGAUUCUAUUUGCUAAUAUAUUAUUAAUAAUAUAAAGGGAAGCGGCGAAUAAUCUUUCUGAAUAUAAUAAAGUUGUGAUAGUCCAUGUCGAGAAAUCCGAUCGAAGAGAAAUAUCUUUUUAUGCGAAACCUAGUUCACAAUCAUACAUAUAUUAUUAUUACAUAUUAUUUAAAGAUUCAAUUAUAUCUAGAUAUUAUAUACAGUUUUGAUGAUAUUUUUAAAAUGUGUAAUAUGCAUAUAUAACUCCAAACUCCAACAUUAUCAGAAUUCUAGAAAUUGGCCUAAAAAUAUAAACGUAAUUUAAUGAGAAAGACGAUUCGCUGGCUUACCGUAUAAAUUUAUAAUUAUAACACGAUUAUAAUCCCGAAACAAAUUGUAUUUAUACUUAUUACUAUAUGCGUAAAUAAUGCGCGACUUGUUCUUUGAUAAUAACUAUUGAUGUUCGCAACAAAAGACUUUACUAUAGAUAUCAUUUGUAAAAUUUUUGGUAACGUUGGUUACAGAGCCGAUAUAUAACGGUGAUAUUUCACUCGCACACCUAAGUCUAUCUGUAUAUAGAACAAAUUUCAUGCUCCAAUUAAUAUCUUCCAAAGAGCAAUCGAUUCAUAUAUACGUAGCGUAGUUUUUCGAUAAAUUAUAAACUUUUUUCAUUACAAACAAGAACAUAUAUACUCGAGUUUGUUCGAUAUACUGUACGCAUUAGAAACAAAAAUAAAAAUUAAAAA